ACGAAACGUGCAUCUGAAAUAGCUAAUUAAAGAAUUAAAUGAAAACCAGAUGACAAAAACUAGUUUCUAUAAUAUACUCAUCUUAUUAUGCCUGUCGCUAGUGAUCUACUACAGUCUUAAUGUGUACUUCAUUAACAAUCUCCAAUCAACAGUGGCGCAAGAUAGAAUUCAGCUCGCUGACCACGAUGUGCUAGAAUAUGCGGUCGAAAGGGGAAAGUCAAUUGCUAACCAAACUGCACAAAGCAAACCACGUUCCGUGCAGAAUGCAAUAAUACGUAAAGUUAAAACAUUAAAACCGGUAUUUCGGAACAAAAAUCCUAAAUAUGUAGGUAUAAAGCAAACCCUUGUGAGCUGUUUUCUUCCGAAGUCGUACAACUUAAGUAAUGUAUGGAGAACGGCCAACUCGUGGCCCAACGUGAAUGAGGUGUUCCCCGUGAAGGAUAAAUCAAUCGGUGCUGUCAUCAACGCUCUCAGCAAGGAGUCUAUUCACAGCAUUAAGAAUUCUCGCCGAGGAACACAGCUGAAACUGGUGUUAGAACUUACCGGUUCGCAGUUUGUGCUAUUCAAGCCGAGCUGGUACACACGCGAAGAUAUCAUCAACGGUACCGUGUACUCCGGCAAGGAUAGACAUAAUUCCGAAAUAAUCAGCUUUCAUCUGGCUGCCAUUUUAAACCUUCGCUACACACCAAUUGUUGCUGGGCGAAGAAUUUCGCUUCGCAAUAACCUACAGUAUGCGGACGAAGCACUUCGUCAGACAAUGCCAGUCAUCAACAAUCAACAAUGUGCCUACGGAUUUUGCCAUUACUGUAACAGCGAUGAAACAGUAUGCGACGAUCCAACGACCGGAACCCUUGAAGGGGCCGUGCUGCUUACCAUUCCGGGGAAAAUAGUCAAAUACAGAUCGCCGUGGCAGCGCACCUACAAGGAUCAGCUGAAAGCCGAAUGGGAAAUGAACGAUAAUUAUUGCGCGCUCAUAAGGAAGAAACUGCAGUUUGAUGUGCUGCUUGAUCUUAUAGAUGCGGCAAUAUUUGAUUUUCUUAUUCAAAACGGGGACAGACAUCACUACGAAACGCGUGAAAAUCGAGUACUGUUGCUCGACAAUGGUAAAGGGUUUGGAAACCCGUUCAUAGACCAUAUCGAUAUCCUUGCACCAUUGUAUCAAUGCUGCAUCAUUCGACGCACAACAUGGGAACGAUUACUGAUAUUCUCUGGAGGCGCACUAACCGAAACGCUUGAAGAAUUGAACAAAUUAGAUCUUCUAUAUCCACUAGUCAUCAACGAACACUACACUGCUCUCGAAAGAAGGUUACUAUACGUUUACAGUACGGUUGAGCUGUGUAGGGAAAAGUUUGGUAAUAAAAUAUUUAAGUAAUUUUAUU